AACCCAUUGAUGAGUGCUUCUCUAUAUAAAUAGGCCUCUACUUCUUUUUUUGCUGAAUAAAUAGGCCUCUACUUGUUGGUCUCUUAUAAUAUUUCACUUCAUUCAUCAUUAAUCUCAAAGGGAGAGAAAGAGAGAGAUAGAUACAAGGAUAGCUGAUAGUUAUCGUUCCGUAUCUUCCGGGCACACACAAAAGUGAUUUCUUCCGACGUACACGACCGAGAUCAUUAAUGGGGCUGAGAGACAUCGGAGCAACUCUGCCACCUGGGUUCAGGUUCUAUCCCAGUGAUGAGGAGCUCGUGUGCCAUUACCUCUACAAGAAGAUCACCAAUGAGGAGAUCCUUAAGGGCACUCUCGUCGAGAUCGACCUUCACACCUGCGAGCCAUGGCAGCUUCCCGAUGUGGCUAAGCUCAACGCAAACGAGUGGUACUUCUUUAGUUUCCGCGACCGCAAGUAUGCCACCGGCUUCAGGACCAACCGCGCGACGAUCACUGGGUACUGGAAGGCCACUGGGAAGGACCGGACGGUGCACGAUCCGGUGACGCAUGAGAUCGUGGGGAUGAGGAAGACGCUGGUGUUCUACCGUAACCGGGCUCCUAAUGGGAUCAAAACUGGCUGGAUCAUGCAUGAAUUCCGCCUGGAAACCCCGCAUAUGCCUCCUAAGGAGGACUGGGUGCUGUGCCGAGUGUUCCAUAGAAGCAAAGCAGCAGCAGACAACAUCAACGACUCGAACGUCGACCUAAGUCACCACUUCAUGUUGGAGACGACGACAUUGAGCCCUCCAUCUAACAACUUGACGUUAAUGCCCCGUGCUGGUUAUGGCAGCAACCACAAUUAUGAUCCGCUCUUGUCGUCCUCGGCUUCGUCGACCCUCCAUCAGAACAACCUGACCAGCAACAGCAAUGACAAUAACAACAGUUCACUCUUCCAUCUCCUCCAGCAUCACCUGGACAAGAACUCAAGCGACGGAAACUCCAAGGCCAUGGACGACAUGCACGGCUUCUUCUGGGGUGUUGACGGGUUGUCCUCAAACAACAGCCUAAGCGGAAUGAGGUUCGACUUGGACGAUGAUGGGGGUGAUAUAUUCUAAUAAUUGAUAUAUUACGUUGGUGAUGAUAAAGUUUAGAGCUUGAGGUGAAGAGUGAGAAGAUUUGAAUACGUAUGGUCGAUACUCGUCCAUUUGUGGUGUGAGAUAGAUGGCUUUGUUGGACAUAUGUAUGUUCUCUAUUAUUUGGGUUUUCUUCUAGAGAUGAACACGUACGUACGGGUUGCACUUUGUCUAUAUCAUAUAUAUAUAUAUACACACGCUUAUAACUAUACUUUAUACAUAUAUAAUUGUUAUUGAUAAAGUUAGGAGGUUGUGCUAGCUAGAGAAAACAUUUACAUAUGUAGGACUUUUGAUUUCGCCUUUUAUUUAGUUUGCUCCACAGCAAUUAUUGUAAAUUACACAAAUAUAUAUAUAUAUAUAUAAAUGGACAA